AUGGCCUGCUGGAUGCGCCGGCGGUUGGAGGUCGGGGCGGAGGCUAUGGUCUGCAAGCUGACUCUGAGCUCGGCAUUUUCGUUGUCCAGUUUGUGAAGGCCUGGCCAUAAGCACUUUUCGGGGUUUGAAGAGGUGGUGCUCAAGAACAUUCGCUCCUGUAAGGAAAUCGCGGGGAUGGUUAAGCGCUCCCUCGGGCCAAAUGGCCUCAAAAAAAUGGUGGUCAACCACAUCGACAAGAUAUUCGUCACCUCCGACACCGCCACCAUCUUCAGGGAGCUUGUGCAGCACCCUGCUGCCAAGCUCAUCGUCAUGGCCUCUCAGAUGCAGCAGGGGAGUAUGGCGAUGGCACCAAACUUCGUGGUGACGCUGGCGGGAGAGCUGCUGUCCCAUGCGUAGGCGCUGAUCAAGAUGGGCCUGCACCCCAACCAGAUCAUCUCCGGCUACGAGCAGGCCUGCGCAAAGGCGCUUGAUAUCCUCCCCUUCGCUGAUGGCCUACGAGGUCAAGGAUCUCCGGGACGAGGACGAAAUCGCCAUGCUGCUGAAACCCGCCCCUGACCUCCCAAACUGCCCUCCUACGGGGAGUUCCUAUCGAAGGAGGUGGCCAAGGCCUGCAUCAUGUCUUUGCCGGAGGUGGCCUCCCGCUUCGACAUCGACAACAUCAGGAUCGUGCAGGUCAUGGGCUCCAACAUCACGGACUCGUACACCAUGCGAGGGUUCCUGGUCAAGCGCGAUGCUGAGACCACUGUCAAGAACGUAGCGAGCCCCGUGGUGGCCGUCUACAGCUGCUCGAUCGACACGACCGCAGACACGAAAGGAACCGUGCUGAUCAAGAACGCAGAGGAGAUGCUCAACUACGCGAAGGGGGAGGAGCAGAUGGCCGAGAAGACGAUCGCCGGCAUGGCCACAGCAGGCGUGACACUGGUGGUGACGGGCGGGACCAUCUCGAACAUCUGCUUGCACUACCUGGAGAAGUAUGGAAAUCAGGCGGUCAAGAUCGCGAGCAAGUUCGAGCUGAAGCGACUGGCCCGGGCGGCAGGGGCCAACGUCCUCUCCAAGCUGCAGAACCCUGGGGCUGAUGAUCUGGGCAGGCUGGACAAGGCGCAUGUCUUUGAAGUGGGGUCUGAAAAACUGACGAUUUUCGAGAAAAACACCGAGAAUUGCAAGCUCAGCACGAUCAUCAUCCGAGGGUCAACUCGCGGGCUCAUGGACGACAUCGAAAGGGCCAUCGACGAUUCCGUGGCAGUCUAUCGCUCCGCCAUCCACAGCCACAAGUUCGUGCCCGGCGCAGGCUCCACCUAGACCAUCCUGGCCACCAAGCUGUAGCACGAGGGCAAGCAGCUCAAAGGCCUCGACCAGUACAGCUUCACCCGCUUCGGCAAGUCCUUUGAGAUCAUCCCCGAAGUGCUCGCCUAGAAUGCGGGCCUUGACUCCAACGAGUUCAUCGCCAAUUUCAUUGCCGCUAACCUGACCGAGCCUUCGGGACUGGAUAUGGGGAAGGGAGCGCUCUGCCCCGUCUCUGAGUCGAAGGUUUAUGACCACCUGGACACCAAGCUCAACGCGGUCAAGCUGGCCGCCGAGGCAGCGAUCACCGUGCCGAUCGACCAGAUCAUCAUCGCCAAGCCCUCCGGUGGCCCCAAAAUGCGAGGCGAGAACAAAAACUGGGACGCCGAGGAAUGA